AUGAAAGUUCGUUUCAAGAGUCAGACUGAAUAUCAGAGAAGUUACAGGUCGAGAAGCGCUUCACCCCUGCGCUCUGCACAGUUUGCUGGGCUUCGCUCUGAUCAUAUGGGUAUCAGUCAAGAACCAUGUUUCCAAAGACGAAAGAAGUUCAAUUCCCAUCAUCCCCCUUUGCCUUGGAGAACUGUAAAUAAAUCUGCCAACGAAAAUGCAGCAGCUGCCGAACCUGGACCACUGCCCACUGGACAGCCAUCAGAAAAGACAAUGGUCACUGAGAAGCAUGAAACAAGCGACCAGUCUCAACAGCACAAGAGCUAUUCACCAAUACUUUUGAAUUCACAGGAAACCUCCAGGAAUAAUGCACUACGUAAAAAAGCUGGACUAAAGUUGACAAGAUCUGCUCUGCACAAAACUGAGUAUAACAGACAGUUUGGCCAAAAAAUGGCACCAGCUGCUCCUUCUCCCAUGUUGACCGCAAACGAGGCUCUCCGCUCGAGUCACAUCAUCCCACCUUUUAAGAACCACCCUGUAGCUAUGGAUACCGAGUACCAGCGUAGUUUUAAAGGCAUUGCCCCAACCACAAGUCCACGGCUUCGGAAAAAACUGGAGAAUGAAAUAACCCCGUUGUUCUACACACAUGUGGAUAAGAACACGAAGUUGCCCAAGAACAAGCCUAAUCCGAGAAAUGACAUGCCAAGUCCAGAAGUCAAGGUCGACAAGCAACAGUCAUCUCCAAAAGAAAUGUUCCCUGACUCUACUCUGUCACACUCAAAGACACACAGGGUGUUGACAGAAUAUGAAUCCAGGUUUUGUUCCCCAGAAGAAAUAAAUGAUACCACAAGCCACACACCACAGAUUAAAGCGCUAAGAGAACAGGCUCUGCAAUACCGCCGCAGAGCUUGGGGAACACAUUUCUCUAGAGAUCAUUUAAGCCAACUUCUGUCUGAACACAAUGCAUUGUGGGAGCCCACAGGAACUAUUGAAUCACUGAGUGAGAGGCCCGAGUCCAUAUGUCUGGACCUGUGUCAGAUCAGCUCUGCAGGCCCCGUCAGUAGCAGAGACUCUUGUCUGGAGGUUCUGGACUUGGCCAGCAACUCCAGUUGUAAGGACUCUGAUGUUUGUACGAAAGGUGAAAAAAAUAGCAAAAUGUCCACAACUAAUGCUGAAACCCCUCAAAGGACUCCUAAUGUUGUGGCUGAAGAUACAUCGCCCUUACCACAAAAUGAUGAAUCAGAUGGAGAAGAGGGAGGAAGAUUACAAACUCCAGAAAUGAAGUUGUUGCCCAUUCAGAGGACUCACCAUGACCGCACAACACCUGCUGCAGUAGGAGGUGCUAUAUUAGUGGGAAAGCCAUUAGAAACUGAUGAAGUCUGUCACAAGUCAAGCACAACAAACUCUGUGCACAUUUUGAAACCCAGGGAAGCUUGGACAGACUCCAGGCAGCACAAACAAGCCCCAAAACCAAUUGCAUCCAGAAUAACCCCUCCCCUGCCACCGCCUCUGUCCUCCACUGUUCCCUUUCACUGUAUCCAGGGAACCUUACGAAAUGCUGACUUCCAGCAUAAUGGGCCUUUAGGUCUAAGAUUAAACACGAGAAAGUGUGGAACGGCUUGCUGUUCGGAUGAAGAUGACCAUCUUUCAGUGAUGUCGUCGCUGUCUGCAGCUUCAUGCACAAGGGCAUCUGCAGUUCUGAAGCGUGCCCAGAGGAGACGGGGAACUUUCUGGGGGGAAACAUGA